AUGCUCACGAUGGAAUCAGUGCCACCUCGAUACGAUUCUCUUCUCGGCACAACAGUGAGCCUAGGUCCGCUGGCGGAGACCUCAAUAUGGCAGCCUCAUUACUCCAACAAACCUGAUCCCGAUCCAACGACGACAUUGUCUGGAAUGAGCCUUUUCGACCACGUUCACGAAAGGUUCCGCGGCGGCAUAUUAUUACUAGACAACCUCUUACGAUUCAUCGAAGGCUCAGGUCCUUCGCACUGCAACGACUACAGGAAGGGCAUCGAUUCACUUCUCGGCAGUCUGGUCAACAUGGCGAAAUGGCUUGUCGGCUUCCUGGAGAGCGCCAAAGCAGAACAGAAAGAUGCACCGUGGACGAAAUCUGCCAUGCGUGGAUUACGAGUUGAUCUCCAUAAAUACUCAUCGAAGGUCAUGAGAAUAACGUCACUGCUUGGAAAGCCUCGCGCAACCAAAGCGGAGGAAUACAAUGUGUAG